AUGGCGGCGCGCGCGUGCGGCAGGUCGGCGGGCCGGCGCGCGGCCGCGGCGCGCGCGAUGACCCGCGGCGCCAGGCCGCGCGCCCACCACGACACGCAGGCCGCGCUGCUGCUGCCGGACCACACGCUGCGCAGCACGCCGCAGCACGCCGCGAACGCCUGCGCACCGUGCACGAUUCUCGUUACAUACGCUCAAUUUUUAUAA